UCAGGUUUAUGGCCCGGCGGCUCCUUGCGUGCAGGCUCAGGAAGUGUUGUUGCUUUACUUCUCACGAAUCCUGCUCCUUCCCUCGAAUCCCGCUCCUUCUUCCCGGAAUUUGCUAGAAUUUGGAAUCGAGUGAGUUUCCUGACGUAUUUGAUCACAGGACCCAGGAGUACUUGGAGAGAAAACUAGUCGGAGAGGAGCUGAACUGACCAUACAUAGAAAUGAGUCCUGCAGAUGCCCUUGAUGAUGAAAAUACAUUUAAAAUCUUAGUUGCAACAGAUAUUCAUCUGGGAUUUAUGGAGAAAGAUGCAGUCAGAGGAAAUGAUACAUUUGUAACACUGGAUGAGAUUUUAAGACUUGCGCGGGAAAAUGAAGUGGAUUUUAUUUUGUUAGGUGGUGAUCUUUUUCAUGAAAAUAAGCCCUCAAGGAAAACAUUACAUACCUGUUUCGAGUUACUGAGAAAAUAUUGCAUGGGUGACCGUCCUGUAUCAUUUGAAAUUCUCAGCGAUCAGUCAGUCAACUUUGGUUUUAGUAAGUUUCCAUGGGUGAACUACCAAGAUGACAAUCUCAACAUUUCGAUUCCAGUGUUUAGUAUUCAUGGCAAUCAUGAUGAUCCCACAGGGGCAGAUGCACUCUGCGCCCUGGAUAUUUUAAGUUGUGCUGGAUUUGUAAAUCACUUUGGACGUUCAGUGUCUGUGGAGAAGAUUGACAUUAGUCCAAUUUUGCUCCAAAAAGGAAGCACAAAAAUUGCUCUAUAUGGCUUAGGGUCCAUUCCAGAUGAAAGACUCUAUCGAAUGUUCAUCAAUAAAAAAGUAACAAUGUUGAGACCAAAAGAAGAUGAAAACUCUUGGUUUAACUUAUUUGUGAUUCAUCAGAACAGGAGUAAACACGGAAGUACUAACUUCAUUCCAGAGCAAUUUUUGGAUGACUUCAUUGAUCUUGUUAUCUGGGGCCAUGAACAUGAGUGUAAAAUAGCUCCAACCAAAAAUGAACAGCAACUCUUUUAUGUAUCACAACCUGGAAGUUCAGUGGUUACUUCUCUUUCCCCAGGAGAAACUGUAAAGAAACAUGUCGGUUUGCUGCGAGUAAAAGGAAGAAAGAUGAAUAUGCAGAAAAUUCCUCUUCACACAGUGCGGCAGUUUUUCAUGGAGGAUAUUGUUCUGGCUGAUCAUCCAGACAUUUUUAACCCAGAUAAUCCUAAAGUAACUCAGGCCAUACAGAGCUUCUGCUUGGAGAAGAUUAAAGAAAUGCUUGAAAACGCUGAGCGAGAACGUCUGGGAAAUUCUGGACAGCCAGAGAAGCCUAUUAUCCGACUGCGAGUGGACUAUAGUGGAGGUUUUGAGCCUUUCAGUGUUCUUCGCUUUAGCCAGAAAUUUGUGGAUCGGGUAGCUAAUCCAAAAGAUGUUAUCCAUUUUUUUAGGCGUAGAGAGCAAAAGGAAAACACAGGAGAAGAGAUCAACUUUGGGAAUCUCAAUACAAAACCUUCAGAAGGAACAACCCUAAGAGUAGAAGACCUUGUCAGACAGUAUUUUCAGACUGCAGAGAAGAAUGUGCAGCUCUCACUUCUAACAGAGAGGGGAAUGGGUGAAGCAGUACAAGAAUUUGUGGACAAGGAAGAAAAAGAUGCCAUAGAGGAAUUAGUGAAAUACCAGUUGGAAAAAACACAGCGAUUUCUUAAAGAGCGUCAUAUUGAUGCCCUAGAAGAGAAAAUCGAUGAAGAGGUACGCCGUUUCAGAGAAAGCAGACAAGAAGACACUAAUGAAGAAGAUGAAGUUCGAGAGGCUAUGACAAGGGCCAGAGCCCUCAGAUCUCAGUCUGAGGAUGCUGCUUCCGCCUUUAGUGCUGAGGACCUUAUGAGUAUAGAUUUGGCAGAACAGAUGGCUGAUGACUCUGAUGAGGACAUCGCAGCAGCAGCCAAUAGAGGAAGAGGCCGAGGAAGAGGCCGACGAGGAGGAAGAGGGCAGAAUUCAGUCUUGAGAGGAGGGUCUCAGAGAGGAAGAGGCACUGGUCUAGAGACUUCUACUCGAAGCAGAAGUUCAAAGACGACUAUGUCAACAUCUAGAAAUAUGUCUAUUGUAGAUGCCUUUAAAUCUGCAAGACAGCAGCCAUCCCGAAAUGUUGCUACUAAGAAUUAUUCAGAGGUGAUUGAGGUGGAUGAGUCAGAUGUGGAAGAAGACGUUUUUCCUACGACUUCCAAAACAGAACAAAGGUGGUCGAGCGCAUCAUCAUCAAGCAAGUGCAUGUCCCAGAGCCAAAUAGCUAAAGGAGUUGAUUUUGAAUCAGAUGAGGAUGACGAUGAUGAUCCUUUUAUGAACAUGAGUUCUUUAAGAAGAAACAGAAGAUAAUGUAUUUAAUAUAACUUUGAAGUUUUCAAGGUUCAGGAAAAAGCAAAAUGUUGCAAGCUGAGAGUUUACAGUUGAAGAUUUUUAAAGUACUGCUGUUAACUAAAGAAUUUGAAAAAGAUGUACUUAACAGGGAAAUUUCAUGUGUAAGAAUUUAUGUUUUGGGGUGUCAUUCCCUGAACAUGACUCCUUUAAUUGAGAUGCUUCCCAGCUCAAGAACGUACAGAAUAAGAUUGGUUCUCCUUAUUUUUUUAAUCUAGUUGUUAACAUUACCUGGGGCUGCUCUAUAAAAUCAGAAUGUUAUUUUCUUCACAUGUGUUAGUGUACGUCUUACCAAAUGAGGGUUUUGCUUAAAUACCAUUCUUGAGAGUAAGGAUUAAAAGAAAUCUAUCACUGUAUGUUUCUGCUUCGUGAUCAAAGACUCUUAGUAUUUUAAUGUAGUUACGUUUAGCCAAAGUUGAGGAAAAGAGCUUAUAAAAUCUGACCCCUUUAUAAUUUUAAUAAAUUCUAGAGAUUCUGGAUUUCCUCAGGGUCAAACAGUCUUUGCGAAACUGUGCCCAAGCUCACUGUUCAUUACUAUAUAUUGUUCUUUUUCUAAAGCUUGUGAUAGUGUCAGACACUGAGACUUUGAAUGUUAGAGGUACCUUAUGCUUUGAAUAAUUAGAUAGAUUUGUAUUUAAAAAAUAGAAAAAUCUCAGAAUUAAGUUUUUGAUUUUAGUUGUAGCAAAGAUUUUUAAAAGAUUGGGUUCCCAUUGGGUUCCCAUUAGUCAUUUUCUUCAUUCUUCAUGGUUCUCUCUUCCCUUAUUCUGGAGCUCUCUCAUCUAUUUCUACAAGGAAAAGUGUUAAAAAAAAAAAAAACUUAUUCUAACUGUAUUUUUUUCAAAAAUACUGAAGAACUUUUUUAGAUAGAGUGAUCAGUUGAGCAUUAUAUUAGAUGAAAGUACUGAACUAUAACUUCUGUGGACUAUCCAUGCCAAAAUUUUAUAUUAAUCAUAUUUUAUCUUAGCAUUGGACAUGGCCAGUUCCAGACAUCUUAGUGAAGCAGCCUUGUUAAGGCCAUAUUUUCUCCCAUCCAAGUACUGGCCAAGUCCGACUCUGCUUAGCUUCCAUGAUCAGGCACAUUCGGGGGGUAUGACCGUGGGCAAGCUUGUAUUUCUUUACUUGUGUUGCAGGGGGUGGGGGAGGCAAUAACGAUUUGACCUUUUCAGAUUUAAGCUCAAUAAUUCCAUCUCCAUCUUAAGACUGUUAAAACACCCCCUGAAGUAUGUCUUGUUUUCCUCUCUGAGGUAGCUAUAUUUAAAGACUUGCUAGGGAAGUCACAGAUCUCGGUGGUACAACAGCCUGACAUUUCUUCACUUAUAUAUAGAAUUAAACACUUGACUGAGCAAUAUUCAUGAUUACUGGCGUGGUCACACCUGAACUAUGUCAAAUUAUAAAAGAACAUUUGCAUAGUGGCUUUCUCCAUAUUGUACCCCUUUGACAUGGCUUCGGUCAGAACUGGGAUAUAACAUUCUGUGGGAUGAACUAGGAUAAAAAAUCUGUUUUAAAUAUUUUUUUAAAAUAUAUUCUGUAUCAACUUGAGCAUAAAGAUUAGGUGAGCCGAUAGCAUUAACCCAGCAAAAGGCAUUAUCCUGUGAAAUAUUGUCAGGACCAUGUCCCGACAUCUUGACUAUUCCCAGCAUCAGCGAAGCCGGGAAUGAGAGUUGCUUCCUGUGUAGAAUGGAAGCUGGUUUGGAUGGUGGCAUCCAGGCAAUGUAGGCCCCACGUGGGGCAGGGUCAGCUGAUGACUCUUCUCUCCUGCCACCGAGAUGUGCCCAUGUGGGGGUCAUCAUGAAGGACACAGUCACAAAAGCAUGCUGACAGCUUCUUACGAAAAAAGAAGACUUUUUCUCCAAAAAUUCUCCAUGGUAUGACAAAGGUACUAAAUGUCAUGCCGAUAGCUCCCAGGAAAGGUGAUUCCAUGGCAGUUAGAGAAGUGAAAAUCUCAGCGAAUCCAAGUCACUUUGUUAACAGCUUGUAUCGCUUCAGUAUGGUAAAACGUGAAAGAAAAUCCUUUCUGAUUGAAUAUUGUUAACAUAGUUAAAUAUGCCAUGUAGCCUUGCUAUUCUCUAUCAAGGCCAUAAAAUCUAGGGUCUUUUGGUAUUCAGAGAUGUUAGUACAGGUGUGUAGAGGUGAUUCCAAAUGGUGACAACCUGCAGUUGCUUUCUGGAGGCCAAGAGAGCAGUGCUGAACACGUUCUGAGGGAAAGAUCUUCCAUUAUUUACCAAAGAAUAGACCUCUUUCUGGUGUUUUGUUCCUAUUGUAAAAACAGAGCAGCGCGUUUACAAGGUUAAGAAUGCACUGUAGUUCUAGGAAAUUCUAGGAAGUAUGACUGGUGCUUAGAAAGUUCAAGCAUGUAGGCAUAGGACUUAAUUCGGGUACAUAGAAACCAUUUCUUCCCUGUAAGCUUUUAAAAUUACAGAGAACAAAAACAGAAAAGUCAUGUGGCUUAAUAAGGAAUUAUAAAAUGAGCACUCAUGACAUUUCUAUGCCGGUCAAGAAAUAGACCAUCACUUGUGCCCCGGAAGCCCACUGAGUGUUCUGCCGUCUCCUCGGGCUAACCAGUCCUGACUUCUGUCAUUGAGAAGCUCUUCUUUUUGCCACAAGGUGGUGCUUCUACCGUUGGAUGGCAGAUAGGAUGAUGCAACAGCAAAUCUGAAAGAAGUAUAGUUUUGCGGCAAAUUUGGAACUUAUGCAAUAAUACUAAGCCUAUGCAGUAAUACCAAAUUAGCCUUCUAGUCUUAGAUGUAAAUUGCUUUACAUAUUUCACCUGGCUCUGCCUGUGACUGAGGAAGUUGCCAGUUGGAUAAAUUUUACAAAUACCGGUUCAAGAAGAAACUGUUUUAUGUUUUAAUAAACAAAGAGAAAAACCCUUUAUUAG